AUGAGUGGAGCAGCAUUCCCAUCUCCAGCUGCCGAGAUGGCAGAAAUUAAUCGCCUUCAGUAUGAGAUGGAAUACACUGAAGGAAUCAGCCUGCGCAUGAGGGUCCCAGAAAAACUCAAAGUAGCUCCUCCAAACACUGACCUUGAGAACGGCAGCCAGGAAGGAUUUCCAAGUGCCAGUGUAACUAUGCAAGUUCCAGAGCGGAUUGUAGUGGCAGGUGAUAGUGGAGACAUGCCAUUUUCCAGACCAGCAGAUCUUGAUGUUCUUCAGUCUACUUCAUUGAAACCACUGGCAUUGAAAACUCCUCCCCGUGUUAUUUCUCUUAAUGAACGACCUCUAGAUUUUUUGGACCUAGAGAAACCUCCUCAGCAGACACCUCAAAGCGAAGAGGUCCGCUCCGUGGGACGGCUGAAGAGAGAACGUUCCAUGAGUGAAAACGCCACGCGACAGAAUGGCCAACUGUCCCGGAAUGAAUCCAUGUGGCCCAGAUCAGAUACUGUCCCAAGAAAUAAAAUGCCACGGUUCCAGUCACCUCUUGCGACUAAGGAUUGCACUGUGACACCAUCACUGCAACAGGCUCGUGUCUGUCCUCCCAAUAUGUUACCUGAAGAUGGAACUAAUCUUUACUCUGCUCGUGGCAUUUUGUCGUUUAUCCAGUCUUCCACUCGUAGGGCUUACCAGCAGGUCUUGGAUGUGCUGGAUGAAAACCGCAGACCAAUGUUACGUGGUGGGUCAGCUGCUACCACUUCCUCUAACCCUCAUCAUGACAACACCAGAUAUGGUCUCUCCAACUUUGACACGACACUUGAGGGAACACCAGAUGACAUGACAGUUGUGGAUGCUGUAUCCUUAAGAAGACAGAUAAUCAAACUUAAUCGCCGUCUACAACUUCUGGAAGAGGAAAACAAAGAGCGUACUAAAAGGGAGAUGAUUAUGUAUUCAAUUUCUGCAGCUUUCUGGCUACUCAAUACUUGGUUCUGGUUCCGGCGCUAAGACAGCUCCGGGAAGGAUUUCAUAGUUGAAAAGACAAACAAUUUGCAAAACUCCUUGUGUCUGUUUCUGAAUUGUAUGCUGUUUUCUAAUUCCUACACUGGAAACUUCCCCCACAGAUAAAGGCUCUAGAAGUGCAGUGUUAAAGGGACACCUUGUUCAGUUUAAACAUAUUUCAUAGAUUUGCAUUGCAAAUACUGCAGUAUCCUCCUUUGCAUGCUUCUGUGUAAACAUGGAUCAGCCCAUGGGAAUUUUGCUUCAUGCAGCAUAAGGACACUGAUCUCUGGGACUUUAACCACUGGAGGUUUUGGUGUGGUGGGAAGAGAACAAAUGGAAUGGGUUUGGGAAAAAAAAAACAAAAAAACCAACAAAAACCCACAAAGGAAUAAAAAGUCACUUUUAUUGUUCUGUUGUUAGAUGCAAUUAAAUGAUUGCACUAGUUUUCCUUUAGUCCAAGUAGUUUGAGGUGUGCCAUAAUCAAGGAGCAUGUCCUGUUUCAUAAGUAUGUUCCUUGUUUUAAGUACAUGUUCAGGUAAAAUAAUAAAAAGGAGUUCUUUGCUAAC